AUGCCGUAUAACACUCGACGCAAGUCGCUUUCUUUGCCAUCUCUGGGAAUCCACGUACCUGGGAGCCAUGCCCAUCGCAGUCCCGCCACCGCCAGCUCAAAUCGGAACAUCUCUGAGUGCACACCGAGUCGCAUCACCAUCAUACCCCCCGUGACACUACAAUCGAACAAGAGACAGAAGCGAUUCCAUGGUGACGGGACUCAACGCAAAGGAGACUCGCUAAGGCGCCCCGACGAGAAAAGCAUGCUGGAGCACACGCCACCGCCAUCCCCGACGGCCGAGGACGUCAAGAUCGGAGACUGUGGCAACGCAACAUCAUCAAUAAACAUCAAGCUGGAAGCAAUUAAUGACGAGAUUGUGGAGGCCGUCGUCGUCCAACUGCAGGCGACCGCGAACAGGCCUCAUCUGGUUAAGGAGCUGGCGACUGUCUUGUCGCAGCAGUUGCCUAUCGUCCAACAUGUAGCAUCUGGGUCUGAGGACGGUGAUGACAUGGAUUUGCGCCGAAGAGAGCUGAGUCCAUCACCAGAGGUGGAUCUGUCGUCUCCCGAGUUUGACGAUGCGGAUGACGACUUCGCGAUGCCUUCGACGCCUGUUGGGUCACUUCCCACUAGUUUGAGGUAUGCCAGAAGCCACCGGAGUGCGUCACCUCCCCUCGAGAAGGACGAGCGAGAAUUCACACAGACCGCCGAUGUGCUUCAGAAGCGCAAGCUCGCUCGCGAACUCUCAACAGCUACAGCUGACCACUCGACGGCCAAUACGUAUGAAGGGUCACGUGAGGAUACCAUGUUCGAAGAGAGACAAAGUAUUGCCGUAAAUGGCAAUGUUGCCCCAGUCCACUUCCUGACAAGCCCUGCUAUCAAGGCAACUAUGCCUCCCAAAAAGGACACUGAUGGGGACAGCUGGCUGAAGCUAGGUGUCCUCCUAGAGUGGGAUCACAGCCCGGAAAACAUUGAACUCGACGAGCUUGAUUGUUUACUGGACUCAUGUUGA